AAACAGAUACUGCUUGAUACUGAAUGCUGCAGCCGGGGAGGAUAUCAACAUCCUGACAGACACCGAGGAGGACCACAACAACAACACUUGUCACCACUCUAGCCAAAGUAAGAGAAGCACUUGGUGUUUUUUCUGUCCUCUCUUUUUGAUAUCAGCUCCCAUCAAAUGUUACUUUUUAUCUUAAGUGAGUCAUCUUCUCCUGUUGUGGAUGUGUCACAGCCCAGGCUGUCCCCUGUCCAGUUACACAACUCUUUGUAAUUUUAAGUUCCGUCGAUUUCAUUUGUCCUUUUGCAGAGCUACCCACUAGAUUAACGUCACUGGAGUAACUUUAGUCAAUUGAAUCAAAGGAGACAGUUUUUUCUUGAGUAAAAUCGAUCAGAGGAGGAUAUAUUUGAAAUAUUUCAUAGCCUAUUGCCUGAAUUCAAUCGUAUGAAGCAAUGAUGGGUGAUGGUAUUCAACAGUCAUGAUACUACUACUUUGAAAGGAUUGUCGUUUUCUAUGAUAAACUUUUAAAACAAUCAAACAGCAUGUAAGGUGAGAGAAAUUAUGACUAAAUUCAUGAAGGUCCUUAUGUUUUUUUUUUGUUUUGUUUUGUUUUUUUAUCAAGCCUCCACUGACUUAUUUUGUUAUUUUAGCAUAUUUUUAUGGCUACAUGUGGUAUACAAACUCAAUUCAUUUACCAACUUGGGGGAGUCAACUAAAUACAACUAACACAGAAAGCUGUGAAGGUUUUCUCAAUAGCCAAAGUUUACAUAUAUAAAAACAAAUAAACAACAACAAAGAAGUUUAAUUCAUUUUUCUGUUAAAUUUGGUUGUUUAAAAAAAACAUAAAAUCUAAAAGUUGAAAUGAAACACAAGGCAAAUUGGCAAAUUUGGCAAAACUGGAUAAAGUGUUGGUUAUCUGGUUCAAGCUGAUCCAUAGAUGUGAAAAAGUUCUGGUUUAAGUUGAACCAACUCUAUAUGAAUGGAACAACACAUGGACUUUGCAACGAUUUUAUAUUUGACUCAACUUUUGUAAAAGCCUCAAAAAUUAUAUUUGGGCUUGGGGGCACAGAUUUUCCUGACUGUCUCAUUUAUUGCAAGAAGCUGUCUUUAAUCAAACCAUUUCACAAGUUGUUUCAAGCAUGUGUUUUUUUCAAAAAGUCAAAUAUCAACUGAAAUGUAUUUUUUAAUAUAAACAGAGCAUGACUGAAGCAUUUCUAGUAAAAUCUAAUUCAAGGGGACUUCUUUAAAAAUAGAUUAAAUUAUCACAACCGCAACAUGAGUUACUGUUAUUUGUCAUCUCAGCCAAAAAAAAAAAAAAAAAAUACUGUCAUUAAUUUCAGUCCCACUAAAUUAUGAUGUAUAGCUAACAGCACAAAGACUGAAGGUUAACAUUCAUAAUCAAUAUUUGAAUAGUCAGAAAUUCUUCAUGACCUAAUUAGUUUACUUUGACAAAAUCAUAAAAUAUCAUACCCACAACGAUGACAAAACAAAGCAGCUCUGACUAUUAUACUCUAACAGGAAGUGAACAGCAACACGAAUGUCAGUGGGAAAUGAUGUGUCCAGUUGGUCAAUGUUUGGGUCAAAUAAACAAUAAACUUAAAAUGUGCAGAUGUGAGUUUUGCUACUUUUUUUGUACUUUAGAAACAAAUGACCAAAUGGUCAAAGUUAAAGUUAUUGAUCUGACAGUUUUGUAACGAUUUUAUUAAGUUCCUUUUCUAAUAAAACCAUGAUCUUUAUUUUAGCCAAACUUAGCAGUUUUGAUACCCAAACAUGACCAAACUUACUUUUUUAAUGAGGUUUGAGCACCUGAACUUUUUUGGCUAGGCUUAGGAGGAGAUCCUGGUUCCAGUUAGGAUAAUGUGUCAAUUAUGAUUUCUGGUUUUACAUGGUACAUGAGCAGCAGUCUCCUUGGUGUAAGAGGAAGUUCCUGAUAGAAAGCUCACAUGGUGCUGGCAGACCGAUUGCACCCAAAAUGCUAGAGAGAUGCCAACCCACCUCAGUUGCGUCACAUAUAGUCUCAAAGUUAAAGGUCUCAAACAAUGAAAUCAGCACAGAGAUAUGUGCAUUUCCUUUUAAUAUACCACCGUUCCAUUUACGGCAGAUUUCAGAUGCUUGGAGUCGGGUUUGGUAUGUUAGCGCCAUUAGAUUCACUGGACUUAUGAUUUUACACCCGACCAAUUAAAUGCCAUCAGGAUGGCAGACACCAAAAGACUGUUCUGCUACUGUCAUUAACCUGGAAUGAAGUACGUUAAGCAGACAUUCAAAAAGAUGAGGGGGAGUAAAUAUACCAUUGUAAAUAUUUCACAAACCAUUGUCUACAUAAGUCAUCGUUAACCGAGUGUAAUAAUUCAUUCACAGUCUUGUUUGUAAGCACUGAAUAUUGAUGUUACUAACUAUUCAGCUGGUUUUAGUACAUUCUUUCCUUCUUGAACCUUCACAGCCAUGAUAACCCGUCCCUUGCUCUACUUAAGCAUCUGUCUCAUUGGGUUAAAGCGGCGUGGUAGGUUAUGGAGCCUCUGUUAGCUGUGGCUCUGGCGAAGAAUGUGCGUGAGCUUUAAUUUUUUUUCAAAGCCUCCUCAGUGAUUAGCUCUCAUUCUUACAAAGUCAUGGGAGAGCAGCACUGUUAACCUACUUCCCUCAGUGUGAUCUUAAUAUCCUUAUGUUCAGUCGUCUCUUGUUAUGUAAGAACAGGGACUUAUUAAGAAGCUGCUGUUCCCUGAAAGACAAAGAAGAAAGGAGCUCUUCUGCCUCUGCUUGCUCACUGUUAUCAUUCAGUUUGCACAACAACACAACUUAUUCCAGUACUCACUGGUAUGUAUAACUGUGCACUUUUAUUGUUAUACACUUUGUUUCAUAGCCAUACAAAUAUUGAUAAUAUGUCAAGAAUUAAGAGAAAAGAAUUUGAGAAAACACAACUAAGACUGAAUACAACAUCAGCAAAAUUCACAUAUCAGGGGUGUAAUAUGUCUUUAUCCCUUGUGGAAAUAGAGAUUUGACGGCACAUUGUAAAGCUUAGCAGUCUAUUGAAUGGGUGUGAAAUUGCAUUGUAAUGGAUAUUGAGUCAAAUUUGGUGUUAUUUUGCACAAUUUCUGUAUUAAUAUCUCAAAUGUAUUUAUUUUUCUGUCAGCAAAACAACUUUAGAAGAACACUUGUUGCCAGUCACCUUUCAGACUUUUGUCACCAAGCUAAUAUGCUGAGAAGUAGUCCCUCUUUCUUCAAACUAAGCAGAAAGUGCAACAUGGAGCAAAUUUUGCUUAAAUGGCAUCACUGUUUAUUUUAUAGUUACACUGUUGGUUAUUGUCAUUGAUUCAGGUUGGUUGUUUUGGUUAUUGGUUUUGGUUGAUGGUUUAAGUCCAAGCUAUAUUUUAAAAGCUAUACAGCAAGAUCAGGUGUGAAACUUCCUGAACCACUUAAAGAUUCCAGUAAUGCCAUUGUUUGAUAGUAGGGUUUUAAUCCUGGGAUGUGCAUAGUACUUACCGGGGUACUCGCCACAGCAUUAAGCUGUGCUGACACGCUGUAUUUUUCCACUGGCAGCAUCUAGUUGUAUCAAAACCAAAUGCAGUUUGGCGUUUUCAGCACUCAGUAUCCUAAAACGUGUCAGCUGAUUUUGUUUGCUGCACCCUCAGUUGAAAGCAGUUCAACUAUAGGAAUACAGCCACAAUAUGAGAAAUACAGAGCAUUGUAAAACAGACCUAAGGGUGACAGGAAAACUGUCGUAACCUAGCAAUAUUAAACACCAGUGAGACAGGCUCCAAAUCCGAGAUUGUGGGUGUAAAAAAAGAGAGAAAAUGGCAUAGUGGACACAGCCCCUUAUUGAGCCCAUUAUAGGGCUGAUUUUCUUGCCAGUUUAUCCCAAAAUGUGAGAUACAUUUAAAGUGGUUUCUUCUCUCCCCAGUUUGCUCAGUUGAACUUUGUGGCUGCACUAAUUCAAUAUCAUAAAUAUUAAAUAUGGUCAAUAUUUAUAGCCAGAUAUCCUGCAAUGUGAGGGUAUGCAGGACAGCUGAGCACACCCUUGAGGAUUGUCAUGUGGACGGAAACAAUGGCCAGUCUGGGAACCAGAAGACCAGAGAGGGAAGCACAAUAAAUGCAAUAGUAAUGGCACUGGUAAACACAAAGCAUAAAGUUAGAUAGACAUUGAUAGAAAAAUCUCUGUUAAAUGACAGGAGCCGAACUCAAGAGUUUAGGAUACAUAAAAAAGUACAUUUAGUGGUGCAACUUCAGCUUUCCUUUUAUCUUACUGUAGCGUUACGAGAUGCCAAAGUCUAAGCAUCCUAUUAGAAGGGGUAUAUGCUCCCACUGGCACAUGUGAUAAUAUCAGCUGUGUCCUGUAGUGAGUGAUGCACCAUUAUCUGAAAAUCUUGUACUGCGUGUUCCAGAGUGGAAAGGACAUCUCUACCUCCCUUUACAUUCUGAAGCAAAUGUUUCUUUCUGUUGAGUGGUGUGUGAAACUCCUGUAGGCUGUUGCACCUGAAUUAGUUCUGUAUUAGUUGGGUCAUGAAUUGAGGUGCAAAGCCCACACUAGACAACACAUAAGUUUUCUCACAACUUAAGUUGUGCCUUUAUUUGGUUGCACCACAGAGACUUACAUUUAAUCUUAAUGAGUAGACCAUAAUGUCCAAACUAACCAAAGGAUUGUCACUAACUAGAGGAGGAUUUGACCAACAUGGUAUUUCCAAUAGCCAAUACCAAUACCUGGAAGCAGGUCAGCUGAAAUAAAAUGCCAAUAUCAUGGUGUGUGUGUGUGUGUGUGUGUGUGUGUGUGUGUGUGUGUGUGUGUGUGUGUGUGUGUGUGUGUGUGCGUGUGUGUGUGUGCGUGCGUGCGUGUGUGCAUGUGUGUGUGUGUGUGUGUGUGUGUGUUUUAAUGCAUUUGAUGAAAAAUAGCAAUUUCAAGUAACAUUUAUCAUAAGAAAAAAACAUUAUUUCAUGCGUUUUGCAAUCUAAUACUCAUUUUGAAUUAAGUAUCAUGUUUACAAACACAUAUAAACAUACAAAUGUAUUUAUUUGCAAUAAAUUUGUUUUGAAAUAGAUUUCAGAGCAUACCAGAGAUUCCUGUCAGAAGUGAUGCUCAAAACAGCAUUUUUAUUUUCAACACUAUAGUAUAUAGCAUUUUGGAUCAAUCAUGCUGUUAAUUGAGAAUUAAUUUUCCAACCACAACACUGUCUAAAUGGCUCAACAUCCCAUGACCGUGUGAUGUAAUUGGUCUACACAUGUAGCCGGUUAACUGUUGACUCCAUUUUGGUCAAACAUUGGUUCAAGACACUGAAGCUUUGAAGUUUGUUGAAUGGCAAAUGCUAAGUUUUGACAAAUGUUUUUCAUUUUUAUUGUCAAUGGAUAUCAGUUGCAAACAUCCGAUAUUGGUCUUAUUUUUAUUGGCCCUGAAAACCCAAUAUCGAGAGAAGCUGACGGUUGAACUUAAUAAGUAGACAGCCAUCCCCAAGAAGAGAGUACAAACAUCAAACCAAAGAACAUUUCAUGAGGCCCUUAUGAACAGGGAUCUAUAGCUCAGAUCUUUUGUCUGAGUUCGUUGGGGUUAAACCGGGCAAUUGGGGUGUUGUUUUAUAUCAUCACUUUGAAGUCUCCUUUUAGCUGAGUGGAAGGCCCACUUUAUUUGACUCUAAUUGGCCUUUAAUCCAGCUGGAUUUGAGUAUCAAGUCUUAGAGUCAGAUGCAGGUGUAACAGUGGUACAGUAGAUAAUCUGUAACAGAAUGAUCUCAGGUCAGCGGGUUCUCUGCCUAUCCUCCUUGGACCUUCCUUUUCAGCCUGAGCUGCACGGUCCCAUCCAGGUUAACUCGUGACAUGUUGGCAUACGCAUUGCGUCUCCCUGUUUCCUUGCUGUCUUGUUAUCAUCUCAUUUGACGCCCUGAAAAGACCUUAAUUUGGCUUCUUCUUCAUAGCUGUCAAUGAAAUGUGUCCAUGUCGAGAUGUGAUGUGGAGGGCAAGCGAAGGAGCAGUUGAUUCCCAUACAUUAGCUUGGCUUGGUGCUUGGUAGUGUACCUGAGUGUGCAAAUUUUUUCCCAAGCCAGAUUUUUUUCCAGGCCCCUCCAGCUACGAGCAGAUCAAGGGUGGAAAAGAAAGUUGAUUUUAAUCCCCAGGGGGAUUAAGAACCCCAUGAGUGAUUAAAUGAGACUUCUGUCUCAAAAAGGACAAAUUACUGUACCACCUCAGAGUUGGGAACCAUUUUUACAGUGGUCUGCAGAGCAAAGUAGAUUAUACGUAUCUCCAUUUAGGUGAGCAUUAAUCAUUUUUGCGAUCACAGGAGUGAUUGCAUAUUUCUGCUGCUUAAAGUCCUGUGAGGUCAAUGGAAAUGGAUUUUGUCUGAUGUUGGUCACACCUAACCUAUCUGUUCCCAAGAAAUGUAUAGACACUUCCACUGAGGCUGGACUGCAAAGGAAUUAUCACAAGCAGAGGUGUUUAGAACUUGAGCAAAGUAAACUUAAACAAUUAUUUUAGCAUUGACAGUAGCCUGUAACUGAUUCUUGGUGACUCUUAUGUGAUAAACACUCCCUUUUCGGCUUAAACUUGCUGAACUGCAUUGUAGCUGUGAACAUUUGAACCUUAAUGACGGUGGGUCUUAUUCAUGAAAGGCUGGCAGAACAAAAUUUCCAAGCAAACCGCCAUUCAUCAAAACUUCAGUAGUGCUGAUAUGCUCAUAGCUACUUCCAAAAUCCGCACCUGUCUCUGACCGUAAGCAGAGUUUGUGUAAUUAAUAAUGCACAGGCAUAUUCAUUGUUUUUCUGUAAUCAGUUGCAGCUCUUACAGUCUGUCUAGUGAAGUCUUUCUUUCCUUUUUUGGAACUGACUGCCAUUAAUGUGAUCAAAUGCCUUAAACAAGGACCAGGUUCAAGGAAGGUCUGCAGUGUCCUCUAUUAUUGUGGCAAAAGCUCUUAAGGUUAAAGGAGGCUGCUUUAUCAGACAUGGCUGAUUAGUUCACAGAGGCCUGUCUGCUAAUGUAUUUAUCAUACAGUGAGGCGUAUUGAGGGUUUCUCUUUAUACACUUGCGCUCUCUCUCUCUCUCUCUCUCUCUCUCUCUCUCUCUCUCUCUCUCUCUCUCUCUCUCUCACUCACACACACACACACACACACACACACACACACACACACACACACACACACACACACACACACCCGACAGAGAUGCUGUUACUCACCACUGCCUCUGCAUUGUCAGCACUUUGCAGACUUUGGAGGAAAUGGCUCUCAGUCUCUUUAUCUGAAGAUCUGUCUACUGAAAGUGAAGCUCUGCUCAGGAUCGGGAUUAAACUGUGUUUGUGGGAAGACCUCGUCCCACGGCAGCCCUGUUAUUGUUUAGGAGUCAUCAUACGACAAUAGCUUUGUUGGAGGCAACACAAUAAAAAUCUGGGAGCGGAUAAAACUACAUAUCAGUACUCCAAAAAUCUAUGUAGACACCCCAGUUUGCCAGAACCAUUGAUUUAUCAGUACACAAUGGAUAUAAUGCAGUUGUAUUGUCUGUGCAAGAGGUCGGCUGGUAAACUAGCUGAUUACUAACUAGCUGACCUCAUUUGGCGUCACUAAUUAACCACACAAGGACAUCCUUAGGCUGUGGGAGGCCAGACUAACUGGAGAGCAUUUCAACUCCCAACAGGAAGUCUUCCUAUUCAUGCCGGGAAUUCAAAAACCUUCUUGUUCUGAAGUGGCAACAAUUUUACUGUCAUGCAAGCCAUCAGGACAAAAAGUGAAAUGUGGUGGUUGCAGACAUGUUUGUAGGGCGCUUUCCCAUCUGUUUGGUAGGCAGCUGUGCACCAAUCACGCUCUCAGGCAAAUCACAGGUGGGUUGUAUCAGACCUGCAGGAUGCACCACACCUCAACUCUCACACACUAACAGAGCACUGCAUUAAGGAUUAAAUUCCACAGGAAAGAGAGAACGUGAUAAAGGUUUAGACACGGGACGCCCCACUGGAAUCAAUCUUACCUUGUUGCAAAAACUGUUGAAGUAAUUCAUGAAUCCAAAGCUGCUGAUACAGCAUGUCUUUAUUGGUGUUUAUCUGAAUGGAAUAAUACUCACCUCACUUUCCCCUGAGCUUGCCUCGGUUAAUAAAUCGCAUCAUCAUUAUCUGGUUCAUUUGUGUUUUGAUUUUUGGAUUCUUUCCAUAGCGUCAUGAAAUGUCAUUACAUGUUCACUGUAUGGAAAUUUAAUGCCAGAGGCACCAGAUGUAAGUGGAGUCAGACUUAUACAGAGCUUCCCACAUUGGAUUUUAUGUUCUGGAUCUGUUUGAUUGAUUUGUGUGUAUCACUAAAGCACAUAAGUUUUCAAAUUUAAUUGUACCUUUUUUUACUAGAGUCUCCAGUUGUUAAAACAAAUACCAUUUAUCAGCCUCCUGUUACAGGAACCAUUGGCUGUUUAAAACGAUAGAUGACGUCUCCAUAUUGUCUUUGUUUUGCAGAAGUCAUAAAGUCAUAAAACCUGUAGAAAAAGAGGCUGACAUUUUCAGCUGGAGUUUUCUUUAUUUGUGUGCAGGUUGAGCUGCAGCAUUGACUUUUGUUACUGCAACAAAUCUAGAGGAUGAUAAACAAAGGCAGUGAAAAAAAUAAAAUUAACAUUUUACCUGUUUAAUGUUGUUUUUUUCUUUUCCUCUUUGUCUAGUUUUUACAACAGGACUUUGUGAUAUGGGGGAAAAUGUAUUUCCAAUUUGAGCAAUUUCCUAAUCUUUGAUUGAACAAGUUAGAUAUUAGUUUAGAGAGAGUGGAAGACAAAAAUACUAAAUAAUUAUCAAAACAGCUCUGGUGUCACAAAAUACAAGGUAUGAAGAAGGUAUAAAUGCUUUUAACCAUUUGUACAGAUGGUAAAUGCAUCAAUAAGGUUAUAUUAAUGUGCUUAUAAUAUUGUCUAUAAGUGUUGGGUUCAAAUGAAGUGUUACUAUGUUUCCUUAUUGUGAGGGUAACCUGAAAAAGUCUGGUUUGAGGAGCUGUAAAGUGAGGUUAAGUCACACAGCAUCAAUCAACGAGGUUUAAGGGGGCUCAGUGGGGUGAAAAUAUACUGAUAUUAGCACAAGAAGGCAAUUAAACACAAAAAGCUAAAAUACAAAUAUUUUGCAAACCACUGGACGUUGAUCAACAUGGACGCUAUUCAAUCUUCCUGUCUCCAGCCGGUCUCAAGUGGGUUAGGUGAAUCCAAAAUGGCGAAAACAAGGGGAUGUUCUGAGACAGGCUGUUACCUGUGGAACAGGAGUGCUCUGAAAACACCCCUAUUAGCACUUGGUAUGUUCCUCCUGAUGAAAUUAACCAUGGACUGUAAAUUGACGCAGAAAAAAAUCAAGUCAACCAAUCAGUUAAGAGUAAGACAAUAAGGUCAUAAAUUACUUACUUUUCUACCCCCCCCCCCCUCCCCUUUUUUUUCUUUUUUUUUUGGCCCCAAAUCAAACUGCUGACUGUCUCAAGCUGUGUUCUCGUUUCAUUUUAAUUAAAUCCCCUUCAAACAUGCUUACAAGGCACCAAACCCCCAGGUUUCAGGUGUGUAAUUAUUACCUGUCUGCAGAUGAUGAGUCUCAACUGACCUCUGUGCUCUUUCCUCCCACAGACAGGUACCAAAUAUGGACAACAAGGCGCUGGAACCGGACUCUGUUAGCAUCCCCAUGGAGGAGGCUGUCAUGUGUAAUGGAGGCAGCCAGCCUCAGCCACAGCCGCAGCAGGAAGUGUCCCUGUUGACUCACCUGAAGAAGGUCGAGAACGAGAUCACUGAAGCUCAGCGUUUCUCUCACCUGCCCAAACGCUCAGCUGUGGACCUGGAGUUCACAGACCUCUCCUACACCAUCCAGGAUGGACCAUGCUGGAGAAGGAGAGGUAUGACAUAUUCAAGCUUUCACCACACUCACUCAGUCAUCUUAUUUUAUACAACUUGUUUCAGUAGGAGAGUAAAGAAGGAAAAAAAGGUAUUUUAAGCGAGGCUGCACAAGAGAGGGGUCGUAUUUUGUUGUUGGCAUGUUUUUUGGCUUGAAAUUUCUGUUUCUGUUCAAUUGUAUUCAUCUUUGGAUCAGACAGGGCAGGUUUUAGGAAUCAGUCUCACAAAAGUUUUAAAAGGGUGGUCCAAAUAGUCCAAAGUAAGAUCUUAAUGUCAGCUUUCCUCUCUUGUUUCUCUGGCUCUUGUUUGUUCAACCUCUGAAAGUGACUCCCAAACAGAAAAUAAAUUCUGUUAUGGCUGUACUGCACUCUCACUCUGACUCGCUUCAUCACGGCUCUUUUGACAGACUGACUGAAGCCUCAAGCAGCGAGUGGAUGAACUGAUGCUCAUACUUACUGUAGAAAACCCAGAUCUGUAUUGAUCGGUCAAGAUCAUUUCCCCACAGAGAGACAGGGAAGAAUGAGAAGGGCUGAUAGAUGUUAAGACACCACCCUACCCACAAUCCAUCUGUGUCCAUAAAUUCACACAGAUGAUCGAUGAGGGGUCCUGCACUUUACUGUUGAACUGCUGUGGUUGUGCAAGGGCUACAGUUUUCACAAUAUAGAUAAAGUUCGCAGCUUUUUGAUCUGAAACAUGUAUUGAUGCAAACACAGCUCAGAGUUUACUCUCUGGAUUUUUUAGUUGAAUUUGUAAAAGAGUCCUCUGCGACACAGCAUAUGUACUUGUAGAGAAGCCAAGGUAUAAAAGUUGGUUAUAAAAAAGCUGAAAAACUUCCAACUUAAAGCUUCCCAACAUUCCACCUUCAGAGUGGGACAAUGCUCACAGCUUAAGCUUUAAUGCUCGAUUCAAAAUUAUGGUUCAGAUCCAGUUUUUUGAUCUGACAUGUAAAAUGUGGCAUUUAUCAGAUUCCUGCAUGAACCAGUUACCAUCAUGAGCAGACCUGCAUGCACAGAAGAGCAACAACACAGACAUCGUAUGCAGAGAGAUGUUUAUUGAAGUAAACUGAAUGUGCUCCUGCCUCAGGGGCACAUUCUGUGAAAUACUAAAGAUCAUAAUAUUACAGUGAGGUUUAAUUCAAGUUAACUUUGCACAAAAGAAAAAAAGUCUCUAUAAAUGGUAAAACAACAAUCUGUAAUUACAACAUAAUAAUAAUGGUAUGGCAUGUUGCCUUAUGAUUUUGUAUAAUACACAACAAUUUGAUUAAAUUUGAUUUAAUGCUGUAAAAUACAGUACAAAAAAAAACACAAUAAGAUAUGAUACAACAUGCCUUGAUACUGUCCACACUGUACAAUACAGUACAAUUUGAUGCUGUACAAUACAAUACAAUACAAUACAACACAUUACUAUGUGAUAGGUAUGAAUUUACUGAAUCCCCAAGUGGAAUGCAUGACAUUGACCAUAGUGGUGCAAUUCCCAACCAUAUGAUCCACUAAUGAUCCACUAUAAUACAGUACAAUACUGCAUAUGUAUUAUAUUGAGGGAGAACCUUUCAAGGGAGGUGAGCCUGAAUUUAAAUUCCCAGUUUAAUAAAAUCAGUCUCUUUGGGUGAGACCUAAUUAACAAAUGAGUUUUCAUGAAAAACCUUCUCAGCAGUCUGUGAUAGAUGUGUCAACACUGAUUCAUAGUUGUUGCUUCUUUAUUUAUCGUCUCGUCAGUAGCUGUUGCCUGCAGUUUUUAACCAGAUCUUUAACGCACUGUAACAAAAUGUAAUUUAGCGACCAAGGUUCAAGAUUCAUUGAACCUCUCUAAAGAAGCAUCUGUCAAAACAGUAACUCGCACAUGUUUACCCACGUGUAUGUGUGUGUGUGUGUGUGUGUGUGUGUUUAUGCUCUGAGGUUUCCAGUAAGAGAUGUGUUGUCUGAGACAGUUCAGAUCAUCAAUAAUGUAGCUCAAUGACUAAGAAGGAGGAAAGGAGAGGAGAGGACUGUCUAACUAUGGUUCCUACAGGUCAGCCAGAUAACUAUUUUGGAAGAUGUGGAUACACAGUUCAGUAGACAGUAGACAGUUUUCUUCUUUUUUUGAGUGUUUGGGUCCAUAAAUAAGGGAAAGAAAAAAACUUCUUCCAGGGCCUGAAACCAAAGUUUUAGCACUCCGAACAAUAGCAACAGCCUUGGACAUCCAACAAAUAAGAGGAAAAGAGUUUCUACACAGCUGCAAGGCAAACACCCUGUUCCCACCCCAGGAUCAAAGUGCGCUGUGUGUCUGUUUGUAGCUUUCGCCCCAUGAACAAGAGGAGAGGAGAUAACUCAGGUGUAACAGGAAUUUAUAAAAGUUAAAUGGAUACAAUUUGAAACCAGGGUUGUCACAAUAUUCAGGAAUUGGGAGUAACAAUCUUUAUGUAUCGUUUAAAAUGUCAAGUUUUCACAAGUGUUGUGGUUAUAUCAUUAUUGUGAUGUUUUAUGGCCAUGUUGAAAGAGAAAUAUUAUGGCAGCCUUGUUUAAAACAAUACUAAACACUUACUUAUGGUACAAUAUGAUACAACAUAAUUCAGUAAGGUAUGAUACUCUACACAGCACUUUUCAUGCAAAAGGGUGAAGCAAAAAGUGUUUUACAGCCCAUUAAAAAGAACCUAAAAUAGUCCUGGACACCCCACCUUACCCCACCCCGCAACCCCAUUACUUUUCCACCCACAACAAUACAACCCACAGUUAACAGUCACAUACACAGUCUCACCUAAAGCCACACACACACUCAUAGCAGCCACACAUGCACACACUAAGAUAGUGGAGCCAGUCGAGAAAAUGCCAUCAGAGGAACCGUCAGCACCAGGAGCAGAGAGCCACCCACAGCUACAGGACACCGACACAGGAGGAGAGAUGUGGCAGACACCAACCUCCACCAGGAACCCCGUGACCGGCCCCUGCAACCACAGCCGACCACUGCUGCCGGUGCUAAGGGCUCCCCCAGAGGAAACCUUGGGGGUAAAAGGAUGAAAAUCAGUAAUAAAAUAUGAAUAAAACACAGACUAUCUUAGAACAAUAACUACAAAUGAAUAUGAAAUCAGAAACCUAAGCUUACCAGGAUAAAUGGAGAUGAAACUAAAAAAUUGAAUCAAAAGCUGAUCUUAAAAGGUGGGUCUUGAACCUGCUCUUAAAAACAUGAACGUUCUCUGCGGCCCUGAGGUCCUCUGGCUGGCUGUUCCAUAGACGAGGGCCAUAAUACUGGAAAGAUGCCUUGCUGUGAGUGUGUGUCUGGACUUUGGGAAUGACUAGGGGACCGCUGCCAGAGGAGCGCAGGGACUGUGAAGCUUCACAAGAGCAGUUCUGAGAGAUAAGAAGGCCCAAGACCACUAAGACAUUUAAAAACAAGUAAAAGAACCUUAAACAUCAGGAAAGAAGGCAGUAUAAACCAAACAGGUUAGCAAGUAUCAGAAGUUAACACUCUAACAUGUGCCAUGACUAAGGUGGUGACAGGAGCUGUAAUAAUAUGUGAAUGACAAAAUCAGAAAUCCUCUUAGUGGAGGCAACAUCAAUAAACAUCUCAGGUGCAGGAUGAGCCUUGAACUUUUUUUGUUUUUUUGCUGUGAAAAGAUAAACACUAAAAUAUCAUUAAACUUUUUCAUCAUUAUUGAUUGGUUAAUGCAUAUUAGUUACAAUAAAUACAAAAGUUCUAUGACAGAAAACUCCAGUGUGUGUCUGAACUUAAACUGCUCUACCUGUGUGAAACAAACAGUCCUGUGUGAGGUGGAAUAUAAGGCAUGUUUGAACACCCAGCUGUAUGAACACAGCCUCACUGCAGCAUGAUGUCUUAGAAAUGUGACCGGAUUACACCGAACACUUUGUUUUUGACACAAAUUACUUUAUAACCUGAGGAAAAAUGUAGCGCUCACAUGUCUAUACAAAUACUUUGCUCUUAUGAUUUUCAUAUCCAGCCAAGAUGACUGUCAAGAAUGUAUAGCUUCUGGCUGCAGACAUUUCCUUUUCUGAAGAGCACCACUUUUCAAACCUCUACCUGCUGCCACAAGCAUUUUUCAUAUUUGAAGUUUUGAGUAUUGGCAUGUGUUUUUUUCUGUUUAGUAAGCUCGUCAAAUGCUAGUGAGUGAAUAAGAGGGUUUGUUUCUUCCAUCUCACUGCUUUCUUGUAUGACAUGCAAACACAAGGCACCAUUAGCCGCAUAUAUGAGUGUUUCUAUUGUAAUAAAAAGCAUUUUACUUUUCCAGCAGUGCAUUAUUUCAGCUUUUUCUCCUGGUGCAGAGAUCCUGUUUGGGAUUCUGAACCUGCAGACAUGGCCAGCUGCUAUGGAGAAAUGCUGCUCCUCUCUCAGUUGUGUGAUCCUGGCUUUUCAUAUCAGUUUUCAGCAAAAUUCACCCGCAUAGAGAAAUCUCACUGCACAAGCAGGGGUGCUUUCAGGUCAUGACAUCUCAAAUGCUGAGAAAAAUACAGUCAGGUCAAAGUCAUUUUAAAGGUUUAACUAUUCUAGACUCUGGCUGCAGCUGCCCCGACACUACAUUCACAAAGAUCAGAGAACAUUUUCUAAUAUCUGUGAUCACAUACAAACACCUGUGUGUGGCCAGAAUCAGGGCUGUGCAAUCCUGUGGCUUAAUCUCAGGGUUAAGAUGAAGAUUUGUUCAAUAAACUACUUUUUAAAGCACAGUUUUUCAGACUUUUCAGGAUGAAAGCACUUCUAUUAGCAACACCUGAUGGCUUAUUUUAAAAGCUGAAUUUUAUAAGCUUUUUUUUUUUUAAAUCUAGUUGUAGCAGCACAGGUCAGAUACUCCAGCUCUAAAGGUUUAUAAGAGCAUCUUUGUUGAAAGAUGAUGCAGGUGAGUGCUCAGUGCUAAUGCUGUUAAGACUCAAGUGCAACAUCUGAUACUGUGUGGUGUAAAAUGCAUUUUCACAGGCUGCAGAGGUUCCUCUUCUGUCUGACUAAGAGAAAUGUCUGCUGCUGAGUUUAGUGAAACCUGAACCGUUUUGCAUAAAAAGUUUAUUUUUCAAAUAUAUUGCAUAGUAAUUGAAAUUGAUGUGUAAUGGAAGAUCAUGUGACACAACAUGAUAGAGUAUGGUUGAUUUUGACAGAGUAAAGAUGAAGCUUUCUACCUCAAUGACUGCAUACAGUCUAUUGAUGAUGAAAAAAGUGAUAUUUCCUUGUUUAUGUUGUUGAAAUCGUUCUAAGCAGGCACUGUUUUCCAUGUUUUCACAGGUUUUAAAGCCUUACUGAAGUGUCUGUCUGGAAGGUUCUGCAGUCGGGAGCUGAUAGGGAUCAUGGGGCCUUCAGGGGCUGGAAAAUCCACUCUAAUGAACAUCCUUGCAGGGUACAGGUAAGAGAGAACUACCCUCUAUUUCUCAACUUUUAUUAUAAGCAUUACUGCAAUUUAUGCUUUUGUUUUUUUUCUCAUGGAUGAAUGAUUUGUUUUUUAAGUUUCAGAUAAAUUUCAUGUUUUAAUGGAAUAUUAAAACUUUAAAAAUGCCCCAGUAGAUUGCCGAAACUCCCAAAAAAACGUUGCCUGGAUGGCAGCAUAUCCAAAACCUGCAUAUGUUAUUUGUACUAAUCUGCAAACCACCACUGAUGCUACCUUUAGAACUGUCUGCUGACAACUAACUAGUUGGUCCCGCCCCUCUUUAGAGAGAAGGAUGUGGCAUCCAUGACUUAAAAAAAAGAAUGUCAAACUCUGAUUGUCAGACUGCAGGAAAGUUUUCCUCUUUGACUCAGUCCAUCCUAAAAAAAAGUUGCCAGCAUUAAAGUGUGUUUUCUUCUUUUUCAUGGCACAGUUAUCACCUGCAUUAGUAGAUGUGGCAACAAAAUGUGCUUAUAGACAAUUAUUUUUUGGAUGUGGUUUUGGCAUUGUGCAGUGAUUUCCAGUCCAGUCAUGCCAUUUUUUUUUAUACAGUGCUUAAGGGCCUGAAGAUCAUGGCAAUCACUAUUUUCAAUCAAAUAGAGGUUUUAGAUUAUCUGAAAACUAUGAUUUACUUUUUAAACAAAACUUUUUGUCCCAUUCAGAUGAUAAAACAUGCUUAACCCUUUAAUGCCUUUUGUACCAUAUUUAAUACAUACUUUUAUAUACUUCUAUCAAAUCAAUAUGAUCAAAAAAUUACUAAAACAGACACCUGAAUACAGUCUGAUAAAUGAUAAAAAUGUCCUCUUGUAGUUUAUCAGUUUCCAAAAACAUAAAAUGUAUCAAAUGAGAUCAAUAAAUAUAUUUUUUAAAUUUUGAGGACAUUUAGAUGUUUUUGGUUUUUAGUAGUAAGUGAAAAAAACAUUUCAGCUCCAAAAAAAAUCGAAUUUUCUGGCCAUAAAUUGUGGUGUCAGGCAUUAAAGGGCUACAAAAGAUCACAGUCGCAUUUUUUUUCAGAGGCUCUUACAGUUUAAGAAGGUAUCCUUUGUUUGUGAAACACCUGUUCAGUUUUCAUCCACUGCAGUCCACUUGACUGUCUGUCUGCAUUGUCUGUGACCCUCUGCUGCCUGCAGGGAAUCAGGGAUGAAAGGUCAGAUCCUUGUCAAUGGGAAACCCAGGGACCUGAGGACGUUCAGGAAAAUGUCCUGCUACAUCAUGCAGGAAGACAUGCUGCUGCCUCACCUUACUGCACGAGAGGCCAUGAUGGUGAGCUGGUACUGAGCAGUGUGAGGCAGAGGCAGGAACACAUGUCACUGAGUCUGUUUUCAUAUAAAACUUUAAGACUGGAUUGUUUGGUUGUUAUUGUUGGUCAGGAAGUUUCCUUAAAUUUGAGACUGUCACCCGCUUUCUCUCUGUGUGCAUUCCUAAAACACUAGCAUUCUCACUUUGCAUGACUGUUUAUCCCUCUUUUUUUGUAGGUUUCAGCCAAUUUGAAGCUGAACGAAAGUAUGGAUGUGAAGAAAGAACUGGUGAGCUAAACAACAACAUCUUGAGUAUUUAAAAAUACUGUGGUACAGCUACUCUAAGCAGAUGGUAAAAGUUGUGUUCUUACUUCAUGUAGGUAGUUGUGCAGGUGGUGGUGAAUUACAUGUUUUGUUGUGUUUUGUUUUUGCACAUAUGGGCAAAUGUAAGCCCCAGAUCUGUGCACUGUAACCUGUUUCAGUGUUUGUAAAUGAAACCUGUGCACAGAGCUGCUGCAGCACAGUUUGUGUGACAUUUAAUCCUUGACUUGUGCUCAAGAAUAUGAAUCAGACAGCAUCUCUUUGGCUUGUGUGCACAGGUUUAGCAUGUGCAUAACAUCAUUUCAUUUACUAUUACUGAUAUAUCCUUCUCUGUGACUGUCUCUAUCCAGGUUAAUGAGAUUCUGACUGCUUUGGGGCUCCUCGACUGCGCUCACACUCGCACCAGCUCACUUUCAGGUGGUCAGUGUAAACGUCUGGCCAUCGCCCUUGAACUGGUCAACAACCCUCCAGUCAUGUUCUUUGAUGAACCAACCAGGUGCGACAGAGUGGUGCUGAUGGGCAGAUAAUGGUUAAAAAAAUGCAGCUUUAAACACACCAUAUUACGUCCUGUUAUCAAUUUAUAUCAUGCAUUUCUUCAUAAAAAAAGAAACACACCUGCAUUAUAUCCUCACCUGGACUGGGGAGUCAGUUUUUGGGGUUUCUGUGAUUGAAACUUGUGCACCUCUGUCAAGUUUUUCGAAUAGUUUUUUUUAAACGUUUUUCUACAUGAGAGUUCAUUUUCCAGGGAUGUGUGUCCCUCAAAAUCAAACAGCUCAUGUCAUCCAGAAGGUUCUGGUGUAAUUAAGAGUGUAAUUAGUCAGGGUUAAGAGUCAACCAAACACCAUAUGCCCACCUAUCUUUAAAUGCCUAUUAAAAGCUGCCAGAUGUCUGCCUGAGCCAAAAAAAGCAAGCUUUAGAUUCAUACAAUUUGACAUUCAAAGGGAAUAAUUAAUUGUUUCAGUGUUGAUGACCAUCACAGUUUGUCAGUAACAUAUUUUGCUGAAAAAAGUAAAUCAUGAACCUAUCAUAAAAGUUUGUACUGUUAUUCUAACUCAGCUGGGAUGGACCGAGACUCUGAACACGCCAACAUGACUAACGCCAGCCUUACUAACAAAGAGAUGAAAGUUACAUGAGCUUAUCUAUACAAACACAGAUACACUGCAGGAACUAAGAUGCUGUCAUUCCCAUUGCCAUUUGGUUUUGCUACAAUAUCACUUGGUUAAGGUGGUUUUAGUUCAGUCCAUGUUGACACACUUAGUGCACUUAAAUAGCAAGGUCAACUGAACAGGUGGUAAUGUGAAUUAGAAUCAUGGCAGAGUGAGCAAGACCCUGAUGCAAAGUGGUGGGGUCUUGCUCCCCCCUGAAGGCUAGGAUUAGUCUGUUCAAACAUCUGUGCCAGCUAAUUGUCAACAUAACUCGGCACUCAAGACCAACCUGAGACAGAAACAAACAUUGUUGCCACAGAGUCUACAGGAAGAGGUGAAACGUGCUGGAUUGAUUUGAUAUAUAACAUGUGUGAUCAGGUUGUGCAGUUUGGACACGUCUCCUGAAACUUCUACCCAGCUGCUCACUUAUCCUGUUCCUCCGUUUGACUACAUCUCUCUCUGUCUGCUCAGUGGUCUGGAUAGUGCAUCGUGCUACCAGGUGGUCUCUCUGCUGCAAUCUCUGGCUCUAGGAGGACGGACCAUCAUCUGCACCAUUCACCAACCCAGCGCCAAACUGUUUGAGAUGUUCGACAAGGUGCACACGUGUUAAAGGGAUAUUAAAAAUUAAGUUUAGGUCAAAUACACCAUAACACCAAGUUAGAAACCCCCUCAAGAGAUGAAUGUUGCCGACUUCUUGCUUCUCUAGUUUAGUAAUAACUGCAUGAUCGCAAUACAGAGAGCCACGCACUCAACCAAAAUGCCACUCUAUAGCCACAAAUAAUGCUCAGAACAGCACCUAACUUCAUCAACAGUACUUAAAGGGUCCUAGCCAUAGUACUAGCCAUCAAACAUCUUUUUAGCUUUGCCUGGUUUCUUUAACAAAGAGACUAAACACAACUCACCUACUCUCUAUUAGCAGCCGCUUGUUUGUGGGGGAGCCCUGACGAGUCGAUCACCAAGUGCUGCAGGUUGACACAGCUCAAGGAAGAACAUUUAUGAUCAUUUCUUCAUGGAAAUGCAAUCAGACCAAGAUGCUAAGGCAGAAGAACCACCACAUCUGCAGUGCAAAAUGAUUAAUAUGGUGAUUAUUACUUCAAGGAAAUGAUAAAGAAAUGAUCACAAAUGUUAUGAUGCCUUAAAGCUUAAAAGAUGUUUGAUGGCUAGUGUUAUGGCUUGGACCCUAUAUGUACUGUUGAUGAAGUUAGGUGUUGUUCUGAGCAUUAUUUGUGGCUGUAGAGUGGCAUUUUGGUUGAGCGCGUGGCUCCUGAGACCGCUGUGUAUUACCAUCGCGCAGUCGUUAUUAAAGUUGGUAUAACUAGAGAAGCAAGCAGUCGUCAACAUUCAUCUCUCGAGGGGGUGUCUAACUCGGUGUUAUGGUGAUUUGACCCUAACUUAAUUUUACGCCGGGAUAUCCCUUUUAAUAAAAGAGGACAUACAUUCCUAUUACUGUCCUCUUUUUUUAAGUCAAUAACUUGUAUGAUUUUUGACUUCACAGCUUUACAUCCUCAGUCAGGGUCAGUGUAUCUACAAAGGCACAGUCACGUACCUCAUCCCCUACCUAAAGACUCUCGGCCUUUACUGUCCCACCUACCACAACCCUGCAGACUUCAGUAUGUACGCUUCAGUUUUGUUUGUGACACUUGUAACUGUGAGAGAUCUGAAGCAUUUCUUUGACAAACUGCAUCCAUGCAUGUUCGUUUAUGCUCCAGUUAUUGAAGUGGCCUCAGGAGAGUAUGGAGACUUGAACCCGGUACUGUUUGAGGCUGUCCAAGGAGGAAUGUGUGCAAUAGAGGAGAAGAAGAACCACAGUGAUACCAACGGCCAGUCGGUCUGCACAACUAAGUACCCGGCGGUAAGGAGUGAGUGAUGUGCUGCAGGAUUAGUUUAGGCUUUAAACUCUCAAGGGCUUACAUAGUGUAAAGGGAUAGUUCAGUCAUUUUGAAGUGGGGUUGUAGGAGUUAGAUGUACCUAGAAACUAUAAAAGCCAUAAUGGAUGCUGGUCAGCCCUGCCCCUAACAUAAGAAACUUCCUGGAGAACCGGUGCACAAGGUAAGCUACGGCUUUUUGCAGGACGAGUGAAGGAUGCAGGAAUUGAUAAUUUAAUUUAUUGUGAAUUUUUACAUCUUUGCAUCUCAUUUUGACAACAUUUUAAGCCCUACAUGAUCAAGGUUAUCUGGCAAACACAGUUAUAUCUGUAGAGUUUGUUGUUUUAGAAAAGUGGUUGACACCUGCUGCACAACAACUUGGCUUCUUCCUGCAAAAGUUUGUGUUGUGCUGCAGUUUUGUGGUGUGUUGCACAAUAUAAUAUACAGUUUCCAAUAAUAUAAGAGAACAGUGAGAUUAUCUGCUUUCAUUUUUUUUUUCAGAAUGCUGAACAUGUAGAGAGCCAUACUUUUGCCACAAGCACACUAACACAGUUCUACAUCCUCUUCAAGAGAACGUUCAUCACUAUAUGUCGUGACCAGGUGAGUGACAGUUCUGCAGAAAAAGAUGGUUUUACAUAAAAGAUGGUUUGAUUUAAUACAAGGAUAAAAAGAAUCUCACAGAAUAAGACAUAAAAAAGACCUCAGAUAAUUAGGCAGUAAGUCUGAGACCUCCUUCUGUUUCUCAGGUUCUGACCCACCUCAGACUGAUCUCACACAUCGCCAUCGGUGUAUUGAUAGGUUUGCUAUACCUAAAUAUUGGCAAUGAUGCCAGCAAGGUCUUCAAUAAUACUGGGUUCCUCUUCUUCUCCAUGCUCUUCCUCAUGUUUGGAGCACUCAUGCCGACUGUGUUAACCUGUGAGUCUGAUCCAGCGGAGGGGAACUGCCUCAUAUUUAUGCACUCUUUCUGUAUUAAUACUUCUUUUUGCCAAUCAUUGAGAUCUGGUUUGAGACCUCGAAUGUUUUUCUGCACCAUGUGUAGUUCCUCUGGAGAUGUCUGUGUUCCUGCGAGAGCACCUGAACUACUGGUACAGUCUGAAAGCCUACUACCUGGCCAAGACGAUGGCUGAUAUCCCGUUCCAGGUGAGCUGGCAGAGUCUGAUUGGAGGGAUGGGUUUUGUCUCUGAGUAGAAACUACAGCGUAUGAUACUGCACUCUAGUGUUAGCUGACGGUCAUUAUCUGGAUCUGUCAGACAUUUUCUAUUACUCAGUACUUGUCCUCUUUUUUUUUGCCCUGCAUUAAAAAGCUGCAAACAUAAUGCAAAUAUGAUUACUUAUUUCAGGUGAUCUGCCCCAUCAUGUACUGCAGCAUUGUGUACUGGAUGACAGAGCAGCCUCCAGAAGCCAGCAGAUACCUGCUCUUCAUUGCUCUAUCCAUCUGCACUGCUCUGGUAGCCCAGUCUUUAGGUCUGCUGGUCGGAGCUGCCUCCAGCUCCCUACAGGUACUCCAGGUUUAUGUAGAGGUUUUCACUUUUUUCUCAUUAUAUAAACACAAGACAGAAUAUCAACUUUGUCUCCUUUUGCAGGUGGCCACAUUUGUUGGCCCGGUCACAGCCAUACCUGUGCUGUUGUUCUCUGGAUUCUUUGUAAACUUUGACACAAUCCCCAAAUAUCUGCAGUGGAGCUCCUACGUGUCUUAUGUCAGGUAAUGAGGAAAUAAUCAUACAUCAUCGGCAGCAUCAUUUUAAAAACACUGAUACCUUAUUUGCCCUCAAAAAUGAGAAACUGUAAACAAAAAAUGUUGCUAUGGUGCCGUUUAUAUAAACAUCAGCAGCAGCUCAGUUAGCAGCCCCUUCAUGGGGCAACCUUAUCAUAAUAAUGGAUCUCCGUCACAACACUAAUCCUGCUCUCUUUGUAAAAUUACUCGAGUGAUCAUGUUGUGAGUUUUCCAGCAGCUAUAAGAGCUGUAAAUAGAGUUGUACCGUUUAAAGACUGUAUGAAACGUUGGAUCUUGUGAUGAUUUACUCAGCCAUGAGCAGUUAUAAAACCGUUUCAGAGUUCAUUUCUCUCCCACAGGUAUGGCUUUGAGGGAGUGAUCCUGUCCAUCUAUGGGAUGAACCGCUCAGAGCUGGAGUGUCCAGGGAAGGUCUGCAAAUUUCAACAGCCUGAGGAGGUUCUGCAGCUACUGGAUGUGGAAGAUGCGAAACUCUACAUGGAUUUUAUCGUCCUUGGCAUCUUCUUUGUCAUUUUUCGACUGGCUACAUACCUUGUCCUACGCUACAAGAUCAAAUCUGAGCGAUAGGUUUCACUUAGCUCAUCUCCUAAAACUCGAGGCCCUCCCUGAUGUUAUUUCAGAUCUGGUCUUUCUUUUUGCGCACCAAAAACAACCUCUCUUUGUCGUGGGUUUUACUUCAUUUGCUGCUAAAAGGACAGAACAUGCACUCAGAUCUGUUCUGCUGCUGUUAUGGGCAGUGACUGAUGAAGCAGAACAGUAUGAGUCAUCUCAUAAACCAACAUGAACCUGCUUUACCUCAGAUAUCAGGACUUACCCCCUGCACAUAAAGCCAGAUCAGCAGCACGGAGGACAAAGAGACUGAGCCACAUUCAGCAGCUUUUACUGUAUGUUCUAUAUUCCUGCGAGGCAGAUGUGAUACAGUAGCACUUACUAGAAUGGACAUGCAUGCUUACACUACACUGUGCGCUGCCAUUCUGUCAGAGUGUGACGACUCUGGUGCACAAAACUGCCCUCUUUAGAAAUAACAACUGUUUACAUUGAUCUACUAGGGCCUGUGUCCACAGAGCGUUUUUCUCUGUCAAAUUAGAGCUGGGAACUUGUACACUUAUGAUAAACUUAGAGAUAAUAAGCACUUCCUGUAGGAAUCCGGGUCUUGUCUCACCCUUUUGGGUGGCAACAGUUACUUAUCUUGCAGCAGGACCGAUAGAAAACACUAUUUUAUCAAGUGAAAAAGGCAGUCUAUGGACACAGGCCCUUGGUCAAAGAUGCCUGAGGACAAACGUUUGCACUGAAGAGGA